UUAUUCUAUUUCUUUGUAUUGCUGCCUGUUCGUACGGUUUGCGCGCUGGACUGUCAUUUGGAUUUAUUGAUGGUCCCGGGUUCAAACCCUGCCUGCUCCCAUACCCCGUUGUCCUGCGGGAGGUUUGGACUAGAAAGUAAACUAUCUUCAAUUAAUAAUGACUCCUCUUUUUUUUUAAUGCAAUUUUCUUUCUUUUCACAGACGAGGGAACACAAAAAAAAUGUGAUUAUGUUUAGUGUUUAUUAUCUACUUCUACUUCAAUUCUGAUUUCUUAAGUUUUGAAAAUUUCUUAUUGUUUUAUUGGGUGUAUGCAUAUUACGUGAUUGAACACUAAUUAAAACAAAAUACGGGAGGAUUACUAGAAAAUUUAAGCGUCAGUUAAGAUCACGAAUCAUAGGCUACAAAAGUCUAGACUUAUAUGUCAUGGAUUACUGCGUUUGGAGCUUGGUAUUAACAGAGCUUCAGAAGAGUCUAUGUGACAUAAACUCUAUUGGUGAUUUGAAAACGAGGUUUGGAAAAGCUUGGAAGAUAUCUCACAAGUUACUCUUCAAAACGCUACACGAGCUUGGAUUUCAGGGUUCUGAAGUGCACGGACGACAUUUUGAGCAUGUAUGAGUCUAAUGUAACAUAUGCCUUUAAAAAACCUUUACUUAAGUUUUUUAUUUAUUUUUUUUAUUUUUUUGUAAAAAAGAAAGCUGGCAAUUUUUUCCGCUUUUCUAACGACCAAUUAGUAAAUACGACUUACUAGGUUAGUUUGAAUGUAAGGUUUGGUUAGACGCACUGGGUCAUCGCUAGUUUUAUAUCAUUUUCAUAUCAAAAACCAUUUGUGUAUCUGAGCAAGCUUUGUUGGAACUUCUGUUGGUUUGCCUUUUAAAAACGUGAUCAUCUUCUUUUUUGAAGUAACGUCUGAAUUAUAUAAGAUAAGGUUUAGAAACCUUACAUUGCAACUUGUGAAGAUCACACAAAGAAAAAAAAAAGGAUUUUACAUACAUGUUUAUCUUAGCGUUCAAAAAAUAUGAACAGGGUGAUAACUCUAGGCUGACAUAUUUUGACGUGUUAGUUCAGUAAUGUGCAAACUUCGGUACGUGGGUCAACUCCGGUCCAUAGAAAGUUUCAUUCGUAUUUUGUAAAACUUAUUUAAUGUAAUUUCCCCCACAAUGUAAAAAUUAAAGUUUUAAAAAUAAUUUGAAUAACAUUGCAAGUUUUAAUUCGCGUAUGAUUCACAACUGGUUGCAUCAGCAGACAUGAAACCUGCACAUCAACAAAAUUUCGGUGUAAGGUAACAAUUAUUCAAAUAAUGGACUAUGAAGUCAGUGUUAGUGUAUCAUUAUCAUGGCAUCAUAGCACGUUAUGUGUGUGUUCAUAAAACAUUUUAACUUUAAAAUGUUAAUUUGAAAAAAAAGGUAAAGCUGAUUCAGAAUGUCUUGUUUUUAAAGAUGAGUGGACUUAGACUUAGAUCCUCCCGCGCCGUUCGGCGCAUUUUGCUGCAAGCUGUCUCCACAAGGAUCUGUCACUGGCAAUGUCUGAAGCCUCCUUCCACCUGGUGUCCACUGCUCUGAGGUCCUCCAUGAAAGUGAAGCGCCAAGUUAUACGAGGACGAUCAUGUUUGCGCUUUCCUCGUAUUGGCCUCCAUGUCAUCGCAACUCUUGGUAUGCGUAGUUCAUUUAGUCGGAGAAUAUGAGCCGCAAACCUCAUGCGACGCACUGUCACAACCUUACUAAGUGUUCGACUCCAAGUUCGGCAUAGGAUUUCCUUGUAUGAGACCCGAUCAUCAAAGUAGAGUGGACGUGAAGUAAUUUUUCAUACAUUUUCAAGACCAACCACUAGAUCUAGGCCUUAGUUUGAUAAAACCAUGGUCGGGUAUAUGGUUAAUAAUAUUCCUGGUCAGAACACAGUAACACUCUUUAGACGUUCAUGGCUGCUGACGAAAGGAAACAAGAAGUAGACUUUAAAGUUGCAAGGCAAAAGUUGACAAGACAAAGGUCUGCACAGAUAUAUAGGUCUGUGCUCUGCAGCUUCAUGGAGUGCCAAUCUAAACAAAUAUCUCAAACAAUUAUUUCUAAUUGUUCCGAAAUUAAAGUUCUACAUAGUCGAAAUCUAGUUUUCCAAAUUGAAUAUUUCAUGCUCAGAGAAUUGCUCUGUUUGAAUCUAUGUAUAUUUGUGAGCAGCUUUUUUCAAUCAUGAAAAUGUGUGUCUUAAAUAGAUUGACGGAUGAAACUAUGUCUGCGUAUGGCCUACAUUAUAAGGAGUAAUACUCAAAACACUUUAGUAAAAUCCCUAAAGUUAGAAAGCCUUCAGGGUAGAAGACUCAAAAGUAAAGUAGCAAUUAUACAUACAACACUGAACCAUAAUCUUCAAAUACAAAAACGUCAACUUGUUUAAGUUUAACUGACAUAGAAGAGAGAGAGAGAGAUCACUUACAAAGGCCAUGGGAUACACAUUUGAGACCAAAAGAAAAUCCGCUGCCGAGGAUAGACGCAGACGGCAAAAAGAAAAUCUAAAUCGACCACCUGCGGACAAUGGUUAUGCUUGCCCUGGAUGUGGCAAAAUAUGUAGGUCGCUACGCCCCGGGAAAUACUGUAUUCCUCAUUAAUCUUCGGACUCAAAGACAAGCGUUAGUAUUUAUAAUUAUUUUUUUUACUCCGUUUAUGAAUAGUAGAAGAUAUUGAAACGGAUUAAUAAUUGCUUGAUUAGAAAUGUUAAGCCCAUUGCAAUUAACAAACUCAGUCGGAGGACCUCAAGACAGAUUCGUUUCCUCCUCAAGUCCAACCGGGAAAAUCGCUUCUGUGUUCUUAGUUUUAAACUUUUAACAACUUACUUCCCAUUGUAAUGUUUGCAACACACGAAUACAAGACUACUUACACUACUAUAAGCAUCACUUUUGUUUUCAGUUUCCAAAGUUGUAUGAAACGGACAUGGCCAGUUUUCAUUAGAAAGGAAAUGAAUCAUAAUAGACAUUCAUUUAUGUGGCGCUGUUAACAAACAUAAUGUAGGGUCACGUCGCUUUAAGGAUAUAAUUCAUAAUAAACAUUAUGGCCUCCUUCAGUCGCGAAGCGACUAUGGAUCAUAUCAUUUAUUAUUGACAUAACAAACUUGGAAAACAAAAUAAUAACAGUUAAUAAUAAUACGUUAUAUGUAUAAAACAUCAUAUCUUAUUAAGUACAGACGUUUAAUUAAACAAAAAAGAUAAUAUUACAUUAUAUACAAAAACAUGCCAAGCAUCAAAUAAGGGGCUACAUAAUAUAAGAUAAUACACUGUUUAUAUAAACAAGCCAAAAACAACAAAUGACAUGUUUUGCAGAAACCUUAGAGACCCAGAAGACAGAGUAAGCCCUACAAAAAAACAUCACUGCAUUCGGCCUAACUUAGUCAAAACACGCAGCACCCAAUCCACGCUAAGGGCAAGUCAUAGAAUCGCAACACUGUGCUGAUCUGGAUCUUAUUGAUUUUCCCCUCUUUUUGUCUGCGAGAGUUUUCAGGACAUCGCUGUAUGGAAGGACCAAGGGAAGGCAGCGUGAGCAGUAGGCUCCUAGAAGUCUUAUACAACAUGUUCUUAUAGACAGGAGAGCUCAGUUCCUUAUUCCUGGCGUCUUCCGAAGUAUUCGAUGUGUGUAAAUGGUGUCACGAUAGCACUAGUUAUUAGUAUAAGAGGCAACAAAGGUCAAGAUGGACAUCCCUUCCUAUCUUACCCUGAGCUUAAUGAUACACAUUGACAACGUAAAAAGAGAUCUCUCAGCUACUCAACGAUGAUGCCCCCAUGCAAUCCCAAAGAAUAUAUCGAUCUCCCAGACUUCUGUUUGUUCUUGCACAACUCUUUGGAAAUGUUUUAUAUAAAUGAUCAGAAAUGCUGCUAACGCUGCGUUUUUACAAAUGAAGGAAGCAGUUUAAAAUGUUUCCGCGUCCAUCGAGGAUUUUGAGAUUGCUAAUACUACUGGUGUUGCUAUUUAUAGUCGUCACCUCUUUCUACAUGUUUACAUCCCACGACAAUUACCAAGACAACAAGCUGGCGUUACUUCAAAGCCUCGAGUCUUCUCUCAGACCUAGUCACAUAGUUCCUCGGAGGAUUGCUCGUUCGAAUUCUUCUCACAAACAGGGUCCGACGGACGUGUUGACAACGAAAGACAACUUCAAUGUGCAAAACGUGCUUCAUGAAGAAGGGAAACUGCUGAAUGGUUCCACAUCGAUGUUCACUCUGGAACCAGGCAAAACUCUUCUGAACCCUUACAGCUUCCCUUACAUUCACAACCCGCUACACAUUUGUCGAGAACACAACCUUACCUUUUUAAUCUACAUUCACUCUUCGCCCGUCAAUUUCAAGAAGCGACAGGCCGUUAGGCAGACUUGGGGGCAUCCUGGCAUUUUGUCUCUUUACAGCGCCAGGCUGGUCUUCGUUCUGGGUGGGGGCUAUGAUCAGUCAGUUCAAGGUCUCGUGGAUAUGGAAGCGCUCUCUUAUGGCGAUAUAGUCCAGGAAGAUUUCAUUGACUCCUACAGGAACCUGACGUACAAAGGUAUCGCUGCCCUCAAGUGGGUCGGCACGUACUGCGCCAAUUCCAAAUUCGUUUUGAAAAGUGACGAUGACAUUCUCAUUGAUAUAGUUUCACUGAUUGACGACCUCUUUAAAAACAUUUUACCGAAAAGAAAAAAUGGAACUCGUUUAAUAUUGUGCAAUCUGUGGACUAGAAUGAAAGUCAUUCGGGAUCCUAAGUCGAAAUGGUUCAUCUCCAAAGAAGAGUUCUCCGGGGAUUAUUUUCCGGCCUAUUGUUCCGGGUCAGCAUUUUUAAUAAGUUCAGAUCUGGCGCCACUUCUUUAUAAGGCCGCACUGAACACACCAUUUUUCUGGGUGGACGAUUUUUAUGUAACAGGUUUGUUGGUUAAAAAAAUAAAGAUUCAGCAUACGUCUUACAAUGACGCUUAUCUGCUCAACUCCAAUCUCGCUGAAGAAAAAAUCAUGAACAAUUCAAACCAAAUAAAAGUCUUUCAUGUAAAAAAGCUAAAACUGUUCAUAAAACUCUGGCCAUUUUUAUUAAAAAGACACAAUGAACUGGCACAGAAAUUUCAGAUUCAUGGGUUUAUGAAUAUUUCUUUUCUUAGCUGAGAAAAUCAAAAUAGUGUAAAUAAUUGUUCACAGAACGGGUUAAUAGAUUAGGAAGACUACAUGUAUUAUUUUAUUGAAUGCCGUCAAGUGUCCAUCCUGAUAUUUUAUUUAUUGAUUUUUUGUGUGUUUUCAAUGUAAAAAAAAUAUAAUAAAUGAUAUUUCUUGAAGUA